AUGUCAGCACAAAAAUAUAAUUUUGCUUUUCUACUAUUAAUUAUUUGUCUUCUUUUUACUCAAUCAGCAGCAAGCGGUUGUGUUUUCAAAGGCAAUUGUAGAACUGAUGACAUUUGCAAAUAUGUAUGCAGAGGCCAUGGAUUAGAUCCAAUAUUUCAAUUGUGUGUUCCUUAUUCUUCAAAAGGAGGCAAAUGUUGUUGUUUACAUUAUGAUGGGGCACCAUCAUCAAGUGAAGAUAUAUAG